UAGAUUUAUGCAAUGAUUGGUAUUCCUUUAAUGUUCAUGUGUUUGACAUAUACGGGUGAUUUAUUAGCUGAUGCUUUUAUAACUAGUUAUUCAAAGAUGGUCAAUUUUUUUUUAUCGACAAUUCUGUCGGACACGAUUAGUUCGUUGUUUAUCAUAUGAUAUAGAUCAAAAUUUUGAUCAUACUGAUGUAGGAAUAUUUUUUUAUUUAUGAAAUUUUCAAAAUUUUUCUUAUUAGUCUGAACAUGAAGAAGCACGACAUGUACCUAUUGUAGCAACAUUAGCUGUUCUUGCACUUUAUAUUGCAAUGGGUGCAUUACUUUUUGCUCAAUGGGAAAGUUGGCAUGUACUUGAUGGAGCUUAUUUUUGUUUUAUAACAUUUACUACAAUUGGUUUUGGAGAUCUUGUACCAGGUAAAGGUACAGUUGCAGAAUCGAAAGCGGGUAAAGCAGCAAUGUGUGCAUUAUUUCUUUUAUUUGGUAUGAUUGUUAUGGCAAUGUCAUUUAAAUUAAUGCAAGAUGAAAUAAUGUCAAAAUUUCGACGAAUUGCAAGACGUUUUGGUUUUGUAAAACAAAAUAUGAAUGAUCCUGGUUAA